CAGCAAUCUGAGUAUUUAUAAGUGGGUCAGCAGCAGCAUAUUUCCCUUCUUCCGAAUCUUGCUGACUUUUUAUUAUUUUCUAUCUUCCAGAUCUUUAUUCAUCCAAAAGCCGGUUGCUUGUAGAAUAUUUCACUUUCCCUUUCUAAUAGGUGUCCUUAGUCGGUUGUUUCUCACAAUAGAUAUCAAUAGAGCGACUAAUCUCAUUCCUGCCUGUAAUUAAUAUUCUCAAAGUAGCGAAAUAUUCGAGGAGAUAUUUUAGAAGUUUUGUGAGUUUCAGAGCUCAUUAGUUUCACUUAGUAUCGAUUGUUUUGCUCAUAGUUUGCUGUUUAAUAUAUUUUCAUAGACUGACUGAAGAUGUGUAUGUUAUUUCUAUAUAUCAAUCCGAAUCCAGGGCCUGAUGGUUUUUAUAUUAUCUUAGCAAACACAAGAGAUGAGUUUUUUUACAGACCGGCCCGCAUAUGUCAUUUUUGGGAUCAAAAUCCUGGUAUUAUAGGAGGUAUGGACUUUGAAGAGGGAAAGCAAGGUGGAACAUGGCUAGCAAUGAACACAAGUGGGCAAAUGGCAUCCCUUCUAAAUCUUAUGCAGCCCUUGUCACACUUGGAUGGUACGAAGAGAGACAGGGGAUUUCUUGUGGUCAAUUACCUGGACAGUGGAAUGGACAACAUUAAUUACAUGCAAAGAUUAAGGAGAGAAGCAUUCAUGUAUCAUGGCUUUUUACUUGUUACCAUUGAAGUUAAGCCGAUGCUGGGUGACGUCACAGCUCUAUAUUACACCAACGACAGUGAAAAAGGACCAGUCGUUAUGCAGCCAGGAGUGCACGUGUUUGGAAAUAGUUCUCCCUCUCAUCCCUGGAAGAAAGUGAACGCUGCCAAAAGGAAGUUUGAAGAUGUAACAGCUCAUCAUCCUCGUACAUCUCAUAAGGAAGAACUAAUAACAGACAUCUUUCAAGUUCUUCGAGAUGACACUCUCCAUUAUCCUGACGAGCAACUAGACAAAGAUGCUGAUGGUAGACCUAAAGAAUACGUCAAGGAGUUGAGUGCCAUAUUUAUAAAGCCAGAACUAGGAGUAUACGGUUCCAGGACUCACACAGUGAUAUUAAUUGACGGACAUGGUCGUGUCGACUACUUGGAAAGGACAAUGAAGGAGCCAAUCGAUGUCACCUCCGAUAUCAACUGGAUAACGACCCGCAUGCAAUUCAACAUAGAAGACUCGACGAGAAUUUCAUCCCACCUCUAAGGCCAAUUCUUCUUAGACUUCAGAAUUAUUUAUCGAAAUAAUCAUUCUGUUGUUAACAAUUGAGAAGUUUUUCUGAAUGAUUAAUUUAUAUAACUAUGCAUACAGUAUUCGUAAUUAAUCAGUGUAAAUAACUGAAUCAUUAGUAAGAUGACAUUUUAGAACAUAGUGACUUAAAUUCCAUAAAAUUGACCCUCGGACUCAGAA